GCUUUUCCGUAUCCACAGCAAGUGGCGGUGACGUACAGGCGGCGGGUCGUUCCUUCCGGCGGAUUGUUGAGCGGCCGCUCGUCGAAGAGGAAAAUUUUAACUUCGCCACUCCGCGGACCCCCACCACGUGAACUCGCCCCGAAGUGUGUGACGUGGAUCUGGCGCAGAGAUCAAAAGACCAAGGGGUGUUCGGGUUUCGUUACCAGUCAACUCGGGCAAACGAUGACGAGCGCAAGCCAGAACUUGGUACCAAUAAGGAGCUUGUGGUGGCCGAGGAUUGCACUCAAGUUCAAGAGUUUAUAACGAGAGCCGCUUCCUCCUCUCGCUGCUCGACCGCGGCUCCCCACACCCCCGACGCGCUGAGCGACGGUCGACAUGGCAUCUGCGCCUGCGGAGAUCGUCGUGGUGGGCUCAUGCAUGACGGAUCUGGUGAGCUACGCCCCGCGUCUGCCGCGGGUCGGGGAGACGGUUCACGGGCACCGCUUCGCCGUGGGGUUCGGGGGCAAGGGCGCCAACCAGUGCGUGCAGGCCGCACGGCUCGGCGCCAGCACGGCCAUGGUGGCCAAGGUCGGAAAGGACACAUUCGGAGACAACUACAUUCAGAAUUUCAAGGAUAACGGAGUGAACAUAGAUCACGUGGGGCAAGUUUCCGAGGCGGCCACUGGCGUGGCCCCCAUCACGGUGGACGAUGAAGGGAGGAACGCGAUCGUCAUCGUGCCCGGAGCGAACCUGUUCCUGGGCCCCGAGGACGUGGCGCUCGCGCGGGCGGCCAUCUCGGGCGCUCGCGUCGUGUUGGCACAGCUCGAGGUGCGGCCCGAGACCACGGCGCGGGCACUGCGCCUCGCCCGCCGGCACGGGGUGAGGACCAUCCUGAACCCCGCGCCCGCCGUGCCGGACCUGGACCCUGAGCUCUACGAGCUCUCUGAUAUCUUCUGUCCAAACGAGACCGAGGCAGAGCUGCUGACGGGCGUGGUGGUGAGCGGAGUGGAGGAGGCGGGCCGCGCCGCCACGCUGCUGCUCCAGCGAGGCUGCGGCGCCGUCGUCAUCACGCUGGGGCGGCAUGGAGCGGUGGUCGCGAGCCAAUCCGACCCGGCUCCUCGGCAUGUCCCCUCGCCCAGUGUCACCGCAGUGGACACCACGGGAGCCGGAGACAGCUUCGUGGGCUCGCUCGCGUUCUUCCAGGCGCGCCUCCCGGGCCUCCCGCUGGCGGAGGCAGCCCGGCGCGCAUGCCAAAUCGCGGCCGAGAGCGUGCGCUCGGCCGGCACGCAGAGCAGCUACCCGGGGCGCGACGGCCUCCCCGCCGCGCUCUUCCAGGAGGAGUGACGGAAGCGGGGGAAGCUCUCCCAGGCCGGUCGCUCGCUCAAUCAACCGCCCGCCCUGCUCGAUCCAUCCGCCGCACGCUGAACCGCCGCUUGCUGGCACGAAGGGUGGAUUGCGAGGAUGGAGACAUUGUGCUGAGAUUUGAGGAAUAAAUGUCAAGCGCAAAAUGCUUA